UGUUUCGCUACAUAAUGGUUAAGAUUAAAAAGGAAAACUCCUCACGAAACAAAAAAACAUAAAGCCAACGUCGUAAAAUGAGGCGAAACAAACACUUCACACAACCAUCUCACAGUUCUUUAUUUGAUUUCAUUUUCACUAAGAGCUGUUUUUUACUAUUGUUAUUUUUUUGUUUUUAUAAUAUUUUGUUGAUGUCAGUAAAAUUUCUUCCUGUGGACUAAAAGAACGUGGCAAUACCCUAAAACACAAUCCAACUGCUACAGGAAACAUGAUUCAGCUAAAAGUGAUUAUCGUGAAGAAAGAACUGCGUGUUGGAUACUAUGUUAAGUUGUGCAAUUUAAUGCGAAUAACUCAGAGGUAUUCUGUUAUAUAUUUUGAUCUCACAUGUUCAAAAUGGUAGCAUAUAAUCAAAACAAAAGGCAGAAGCCACAAGACACAAGGCGAAGAACUAUAAUAAUUAUGCCAAUUCCUGAUGAAUACGAAAAUGAGGAGGACAAUGAUGUUGCGUCAAAGUUUAGUGAUCAAGGCAAAAUUCCAAAAAUAGUUAUAUUAGUACUUGUGUUGGAGACAUGUGAAAGAAUAUCAUAUUACAGCAUAUCAGCAAAUUUAUUACUGUUUUCACAAACACAGCUACAAUUGACAUCAUCUACUGCUGUCAUAGUAGUUUUAGCAUUCUCUGGUGUGAGUUACAUGUUCCCGCUGUUUGGGAGCUGGAUAGCUGAUUCGUUAGCCGGGAAAUUCAAUGCCAUAUAUGGUUCUUGUUUAUGUUAUUUUGUUGGCGCUUGCUUGAUUCCAGUUGUAGCGUACGAUGGAGACCUGUUCACACUUACUAUGGAACAUAAAUACAUUUUUUUUGCAAUAUCAUUAUUUUUAAUAUCAAUCGGCACGGGAGGUAUAAAAGCGAAUAUAUCGACUUUCGGCGCCGAACAAGUAGCUCCCUAUGGUGAAGCAGCAAUACGUCGAUUUUUUAACUGGUUUUACUGGUUGAUUAAUUUUGCAUCGCUAGUUUCUUUUUCGUUCAUCGCAUAUCUGCAGACUAAAAAUUUCUUCUUUGGUUAUAUUCCGCCUGUUGCUGCCAUGUUUAUCUCGCUGUUUGUUUUUGUUUUGGGAAGAAGGAAAUACGUGUACAAGCCCCCGAAUGGCAGCCAGUUAACAGACAUCAUAAAAAUACUGUCCCACGCGGUAUCGAGAAAGCUGAGAUACAGAAGCAGAGUAAGGUCUGAGUUGCCAGUCGGUGCGGAAUUAGACCUGCUAGAUUAUGCGCAUGUUUCGUUCGGUGGGUUGUAUUCGUCCGAUCAAAUAGAUAUCGUUCGAUGUGUCGGAAGAAUAACGUUAGUGUUUCUAGCUAUGAUUAUAUUUUGGACAACAUAUUUUCAGAUACCAAGCUCUUUUCUACUACAAGGUGAAUAUAUGAAACUAAAGCUACACGAAAAUUUUUAUCUUCCAGCAGCUUCUUUAAAUUUAGUAAAUGGUAUCAUAGUGCUAUGCUUGAUUCAAGUCAUGGAAUUUUGCAUAUAUCCUGUAUGUAAUUAUUUUAAUUUUCACUUCACGCCCCUCCGCCGCAUGGGUGUUGGGAUGAUUUUGGCGUGUUUAUCCAUGGUGUCAGCUGGUUUAACUGAGACAUAUCGUCGUUCGCAUGUCGAUGGGCUAUCGUUUAAUAAUUUCACGGCUGCAUCAUAUAAUGCAUCUAGUGUCACAGUGUUUCUACAAGUGCCUCAGUACGCCUUAAUUGGAUCUAGUGAAGUUUUUACCAGUAUAUCCGCUUUAGAAUUCGCUUACUCACAAUCCCCGAGAUUUUUGCAAGGUACCGUGAUGGGCUUGUUUUUAUUUGCGUCUGGUAUCGGCGCCAUGUUAGGAUGCGUUUUGGUCGAAAUUUUCAACACAUAUUCAAAUUGGUAUUGUGACGAUAUAAACUCGUGCCGUUUGGAAUAUUACUUUUAUUCACUGGCUGUUGUUGUUUUUAUAAACUUUUUAUUCUUCGUGUUUAUCGCUGCUAAGUACUCAUAUGUGAAAAAUUAUGCUAUUGGUGGCACGCCCCUAAGAGCGUCGAGGGAAAGCUUGUUUGAACAUUCACAUGAACCACGUUGGGACAGACGGUCUCCUGCCGUUAGUGAAGGUCAUAUUUGAUAAAAUAAUGUUUAAUUUUUUUUCACCAUCUUCGUCCGAUUGGAUAUAUUUAUUGUGACCUAACGAAACAAAGACGGGGCGACGGAGAAUUUUAUUUUAAUGCGCAUGUGCAGAUCAGGGUAGACUCCCAAAACAAAGUUGGCGCUCACCCUUCGAAUUCAGAAAACCAUUUCGAGCUUAUGGGUAGCAUGUCGAAUAUUUUAACGAAGUUACAGCUGAUAAAAGCACGCAGAAAAGGCGGUUUUAAGUUAUUUUUUUCUAAAUUUGUGUGUUCAACAGCUCAUUGAAUUGUCAGUUUCUUUGUCAGUUAGGAAUUUUUUUAAAAUUUUGACAGUAGCCAUAUUUGCUUUGAUUUUAUUUCCCGUUGUCGCCUUCGUUUAAUUUUUCGUGAUCAAUUUUUGGCGCGUUUUUCAUAUAACGGGCUUUUAUGAAAAGUUAUUGACAACGUCGUUGCAGAAAGUUCCCGUUUUUGUUUCGUGAAGUCCCUAUAGUUACUUCGUUGUGAACAGAAUUGUGCCGGGUUUAAAAGUAAUUCAAUUCUCAUUGCAAGAUUAUAUUGCUUCAAAAAAGAAAAAGAAAAACAUUCAGAACUUUCAGCCGACAAAGGCUUGCUUUGAUAAGAACUUUCCUAACCAACUAGGUAUUCUAACUGGAACGAGACAGUGCAGGUAAUGAACUACUAUUUAAUAAAAAAGUUACAGAGACUGUAUUUAAAAUGAGAAAUAUAUAUUUUAAUACUUUUAA